CGAGUCAAUCAGCCAGUGUUUUUGUGUACACACAUCGAGAACGUCGUCGCUAAAUCCUCGGAUCUGAUAGAUUGGGGGUGCGUUGCCAUCGUUGUUGGUUGCGUUGUCGAAGACGGAGGAGGUGUAAGCGCGUGAAGCAGUGGCCCAGACGCGCGGAGGAGCGCGGCGGAGCACAAGUUUUCACAUCGUUUGUCGUCGCGCGCGCUCUCCCGGAGUGGGUGAUUUUAUGAUAAAUUGGAUAAUAUCUGGUGAACUCUGUUGUGUGUCGAUUAUCAUCAUCAUCUGCAUCAGCGGGCAGCAAGCAGAAGCGAACGCGCGAGCCGCACUGGUUCGGAACAAAACGGUCCAUCAUCAGUAUCGAGCCAGUCAACGGCGAGUGGAGAGUGCUUCCCAAAAUCGAGUGCCGUGCCGCCUCUUUCGAGUCGCGUUUUACGACGCCCAGUGAUACUUCAUUAUUUGACCAUAGCGGGGCAAGUAGGAAGCAAUAAUUGCCGAGGGUGUGUGCGGCCGGGGCCGGGCAGUGGUUAUCGAUUACGGUUAUACCUUUUUUAUAUCACCCCUUGGACAUGCGGCGUGGAGAGAAAUAUUAAUUUCGCAACAGUCAUUUUUACGUGAGUUUCAUUCUUCGGCUUCGACAGGAAUUUUAUGACCCCAAUCAUAAACGUGUGUGGCAAUUGGCAGAGUGACAACGCGUGGUGCGAUAUGAAUAAUUAUUAAUAACUGUUUCGAGUGAAAUCGUGUGAAAACCCCCAAAGGACUACUCUGGCGGAUGCUUCGGAUUGGAUAAAUGCUUUCGGAAUUUGCAGAGCCAUAGACGGUGAAGAAAACGACGCGACGGCCGCUACAUCGGGGAGGCACAUAUCCGUAGAAUGCAACAAUACACUCACCACCGACCAGCCAUCUGACCACAGUAAACAAUAGGUGACCAAAGAGUUCUCUCCGUGCGACAGCCGUGGCAUCCGUUGAGCGACAUGACACAGGCUGAGGAGGUACGCGAAGUCAACCAGGUAUGCAUUACCAACACUCCAGAUCUCCACACCCAGGCGGCACAGGUGGCCGAUCGAAAGUCACCCCCACAGCCGCCUCUUCCGCCAUUUUCGGCCACCAACAUUACCGACCAACAUCCCCAGAAUGGCGAGGACCCGCCAUGGCACACGAGUACAAACUUAGGAGGCAUCUUCACCACCAACUGCUUCAACAAUGGCAAGUGGCAUCCCCACGUUUACGCCAAUCCACCGAAGCAACCGACCCCACACUCCAUCAUGGAUAUCCUUGGCUGGAAGGGACCAACGGGGAAGGUCACCGAGGCACCCGUAGUAAACAACAACCACAUGGUGCCAUACCUUUUGCAAAGUCUCGCCGCGACGAAGCCGAUAACGAAAGCAGACAACGAAGAUCAACCGCUGGAUUUAUGUAUUUCUAAGCCGCCGGUCCAGGGACCGCUGGAAAGGAUUAUCGAGAGACAUAUUGAAGAAGAUACCACUCAAGAAUCGGUUCGCUCUAUUAGUCGGGAACGGACCCAUUCGACGGACGCAGAGUCGGAAAUCUACGGGUCAAAUGAGUCGCAGCACUCGUUGAAGGAUUCAUCCUCGGCGAGCGGGCAGAAGGUUCCCACGCUAGGGGGCGGGAAGAAAACCAGUCGAGCGGAAGUGCUCGAUCUGGACGGGGAUGGCGACGACAGUCAGCUGGAUGGCGCCAGUCGACGGAAGAAGAAAGCCCGAACGACGUUCACCGGGCGGCAAAUUUUCGAGCUGGAGAAGCAAUUUGAAGUGAAGAAGUACCUCUCAUCAAGCGAACGUACCGAGAUGGCCAAACUGUUAAACGUUACGGAGACGCAAGUAAAAAUAUGGUUCCAAAACCGUCGCACCAAAUGGAAGAAACAAGAUGGUGAAUCAGCGGCUGGUUCCGCCACUCCGACAAAGGAACCGAAAACAUCGAAAACUCCUUCUUCCUCUCCUUUAACCCUUUCGUCGCCCACCCCAUCGUUCGCACCAACUUCCUCCUCUUCGGGAUCCUCCGCCUACUCUCCUCAUCCCGUUGCAGACCUCCCCGGGAGUCUCCAGCCCGUCAAACUUUCUACCAAGCAUUUCUCCAAAAACAGUGCCAAAGUGCGUCGGUCCAAAUCCGGCGAAACCAUCGCUUCCGAUCUCCCCCUCGAACCCCUAAAUCCAAAACCCGCAAAAGAACCGAAGAAAUUCCUCAGCCCGCUGGACGCAUCCCUGCCUUCUCCGUUCGGUUCCAUGCUCGACCGUACCGGAAGCCCUUGCAAUGACGUCGAAGCACGAAUUGCCGCAUCCAAAAUAUCGCUGGACGCCAUCUGCAACGCCACCAAUUUCCUCAUGAAACCAUCUCCCCCACCGUGCACCUCUCUUCCACCACCGCCGCCGCCACUGCCCAGCGAUCGACAUCCUGCGCUGGACGCCAUUGAGGACAUGACCGACGUGGAGUAGUGUGACGGGUAGGGUGGUUCAAGCUCAACGAUUCCUCUACAAGUUAUAUGCAAUACUCAUCAUCGAUUCCCCCCGCCCCGGUUGCAGUGUUUGUGUGCUUCCCCAUCCUUCCGCUCCCCAUCCGAGUCAGUUAAAAGCGAGUGAAGCUUCCACAUCAAGUCAUUUGAAGUACCAAUCCAGAUAGUAUACGUAGGCUUAAGUCGUUUCGGAUAGAGAUAAAAAUGAUGAUCAUCAAACAAAAAUAGAGAAUAGAGAACUAUCAAGUGAGAAAUUGAUAAUAAUAAUAAAUGAAAGUGAUUUGAAAAUUGA